UUCCUACAGUUUCUGGUCAGUGAUUCACUUUGUCGCCACGCCCCCUGGAAAUAUUAACUGUUUAAUAGUCCAAACGUGUCAUGUUGCGUUCAGCCGUAUGAAAAACAAAAUGCAGCCACUUAUUGAAUUGAUUUCCGGAUUUGGGUUCGUUGUGGUGCGCAGAAUUGUUGAGGAAGAAAAUUUUUUAGGCUCCGUACCAUCAAAAGGUUCAUCGUCAUUUACAUCUAAUAUUUCCCUAAUGCACGUAAACGCUUCAUGAGCGCAGCACCAGCUCAGACAGAACCAGAGGAAAUUUCAGGUUCGGUUCUGCUGAAAUCUUUGUGUUUGGAGAAUGUGUGAGUCAGACUUUGUGUUUAUGAGAUGAGAAUGUGGAGCAGAAAGAGAUGCAGAUGUUUUCUCUGAAUUUUCAAAUACAAUGAUUCGUGAGGAUGGAGAGACCUGUGAUGUUUACAGACUGAGACCGCCGACUCCAAACUUCUGUCCUGCUGAAACAAAUCCUCAGUGAUGUAGAAAAAGCAGAGAGAGGAAAACAGUGUGUUUGUGUUUCAGGUCAGAGUUCGUCCAGCUGACUAAAGAUGCAGCAGAGCUGAGAAGAUGCUGAGGAGGGUGGUGAUGAUGAGGAGGCUCCUCCAUGUGAAGGGAGAUGUAAUGUGCACACUCGUCCUCCUGGUGGCGCUGUGUUUUCUGCUCUACGCUCGUCAGGUCGUCCUCUCCGCUGGCUGGAGCCGAUCCGUCUGGAAGCUGCAGAUCCAUGGAUCCACCAGCUCCAGUCACUCCCUGCUGGGCUCCAGUUCACAAACUGGGAGGAAGGAGGCGCUGCAGGCUCCUCUACAGCCACAGCUGCCUUCCUGUAAACCCCGACUCAAGUCCGAACCUUCCCAGUCCAAAUCCAGCUCUCAGAUCAGAUCCAGGUCACGAAAGAAGAAAGUUCUUCCAACCGCGGCUGAUGGAAAACGGCUGCCGACGCUGCCGCCGUUCGACUUCGAGAAGUAUCUGAGAGAAAAGGACAAAAGGAACUUUAAUCUGCUCAUCGACCAGCCUGAGAAAUGUCGCAUCAGAGAAGAAGAGGAAGGAGGAGGAAGAGGAGCCGCUGUUUUAGCUCCCUACAUGCUCAUUGCUGUGAAAUCUACAGCUGCAGAUUUCGACAAGCGGCAGGUUGUGCGUCGGACCUGGGGGAGGGAGGGGGCGCUCCACCCUGGCCGGUCCAUUCGCACCGUGUUCCUGCUGGGGAUUCCCAGGAACCGCUCCUCCCUGCCUCUGUGGGAUCGGCUGCUGGCCUACGAGAGCCAAGCCUUCCAGGACGUCCUGCUCUGGGAUUUCGAGGACACCUUCUUUAACCUGACGCUGAAAGAAACACAUUUUCUGGAAUGGGUCAACAGCAGCUGUCCUCAUGUGAAGUUCAUCUUCAAAGGUGAUGCUGACGUCUACGUAAACGUGGAAAACAUCCUGGAGAUGCUCCAAGGCCGAGAGCCGGAGAAGGAUUUGUUCGUGGGGGAUAUUAUCGUGAACGCCAAACCAAUCCGCCGUCGCACUUCCAAGUACUACGUUCCGGAGUUUGUGUACGGAGGCGGUCUGUACCCCAGCUAUGCUGGAGGAGGAGGGUUUGUGAUGUCAGGACACACGGCUCGAAGGCUGAGCUCCGCCUGUCAACAGGUUGAGCUGUUCCCGAUUGAUGACGUCUUUCUAGGAAUGUGCCUCCAGCUGAUCGGCGUCAAACCUUUACGCCAUCAGGGGUUUCGAACCUUCGGGAUUCCCCGACCGUCUGCGGCGCCACACCUCCAGACGUUUGACCCCUGCUUUUACCGGGAGCUAAUGGUUGUUCACAGCCUAGGCGUCCCGCAGAUCUGGCUCAUGUGGAACCUGCUUCAUGACCCCAAACUGAGCUGCCACUACAGAACCGGCCAGACGUCCGGACCCUUUAAAUGGAGAGGGAGGGUUGGAGAGAUGGCAGCAGAUGAGGCGGAUUACGGCGAGAAGCCAGUGUUUCUCACACAUUAGUUCCUGCCAGGCGGGCAGAACUGGAGCUGCUGGUAUCGUGCAGCAUUGGAGGACAGUAGGAAACAAUUUUAUUCAGCCAAGCUGAUGGUUUACCUGCCAGGAAAUGAAAAGGCAAAGGGGGAAAUCUCUCCCAGCUGACUCUGCAGUGAAACUCAAGGAAUGCAUUGUAACUGUGACCUUAGGGACCGAUCUGCCCCAACUUAUUUAUCCACUACCAGAGGGAAAGUCUUUGAUAUGCAGAUAAGUUUAUGAAAAGUGAAGAGUUUCUUUUGCACAACUGAAUUUGUAAAGCUGCUGUCACACUAGCAGCGUUUCCAUUACAAAUGGGCGAAAACUUUCCCAAUUCUGAUAUUAUCGAAAAAAACAUAACUUCACAAUUAGUGUGUUCCAUUAAAUAAGAAAUGCAAUAAAAAAAUCACACAUGAAUAAGUUUGUUCACGCAAUAAGUUGUUAAAAAACAGGUCAUAGCAUCUUCCUCAAACUACUUCUUGUCAUCUUCUUCUUUGGGGUUUUCGCCAACAUCUAGUUGAUGGUCAUGUGAUAACAAUAAAAUAUUUCCAUUUCAGUUUUGUGAAAUAAACCAAUUUCAAUCGGUGAAAGAAAACACUUCAUCCUAAUGUCAAAACGUUUUAGCAAAAAAGGUUGUUUCUACAAUUGGCGUUUCCUAAAUGUCAAAUUGCGCAAAAUGAAAUGACAAAAGUUAAUUUGAUUAAUGGAAACACGCCACUUUUGAAAAAAAACUUUUGUGUUUCACAAAAUCAAAGCUGUGUUGACAUUAGCUUACUUUGAAAAACUGAAAAGGAAUUUUUUUUUUUUGCAUCACACAAGUCACAUGAUCAACAACCAGGCGUUACGAUUGGUAGGAAAGACGAAGAACGGGGGGUAGUUGGAGGACGAUGAUGCGAAAUUGUGUUUUUCUUUUUUAUAUUAGUGGAAUACUGAAGUUUUACGCACAUUUGUAAUAGAAACACAGCUACUGUCUUAUAUUUGUUUAUCUAAAAAUGCAUUUUACAUGUAAAAUAUGAGCACAUUUUGUGAAGCGUUGAGUCCCGUGAAGCUCAUGUAUUUUACUCAUGACGUGUCCUUGCUACUACAGUGAAGAAGCAGCUGCACUGAUAAAGUACGAGUAGCGAAAAUGCAAGGUAUUGCAUCUCUGAAUUUCAAACUGAAUGUUGCAAAAUAUUUCAUGCUAAAGUGUCCCACUCACAGAAAGGCAUCCUGGACAGUUAUCAAAUAACAGAUAUGACAGUGUAUUAGGACCAUUGUACAUUUAAACCCCCCGCCCCCAAAAAGAUGUUCACCAGAAAUAUCUGAGAAUUUUAUUUUUAGAAAAAACAAAUUGCUGAGUUUUUUCAAGCAAAUUUUAAACUUUUCAAACAAAUUUCAUUGUUUUCUUUAGAAAAGUUUUGAGAUUCAGCUCCAAUUUUCUGAGAGUUUUGGCAGAAAAUUGGAAAAAAAUUCCCAUUUUUCUUCUGAUGGAAACUUCUGACGAGAACUGCAGUUGUUCUAAAAAACACACAGAAAAACUUUCCAUUUCACAUCCACGUUUUAUUUUUCUGUUUUCAUAUUCUGGUUGUGCAACACCGAAAAUAAACUCUGUUGUCAACAAACAGCAAGUAGCUUUGUUGAAAAUUUCAACAACCUUCAAAGGACUUCUGCUGCAGCAAAACCUUCAGUCUCAUGCGUCUCUUUGCACUACAUGGUUUUAUUGCCGUUUAUUCAUGGGACAUGCUGGAUGAAUCUGCUUAUUAUUUCAUAUACAAAGUUAUUCAAAAUAUGCAUAUCAAAAAAGCCACAUUCCAGGGAAUUUCACAUCAUGUCUCCUUCCAAAAAUGGGAUUUAAAACAUAAAAGUCAUCCAGAAAAAUGUGAGAGCAACAUCAGAGUCGAACUGAUUAAAAACUUUAACAUCAGAUUACUCAACUGAAGCCUUGGAUUACAAAUAACAACAAACGGUUAAAUUUAUUAAAAAACAAAACAACAAAAAAAACCCAGAAUCACACACAGCUUAGGGUUUUCAUUUGUGUUUUUUUUAUUUUAUAAAUCACAUAUCCACCUGAGUUUGGGUGAGAUUAAACUACCCAUCAAUCUAAUUUAAUGCUGUAGGAGUAAUUUUUGCAUUUUGUGGAUGAAUCUGGUUGAGCUACAAAGUGUCAUAAUCUGUUUGGACUUUUUAUUGUAUAGAACGUAGAACCUUUUAUUGUGUUUAGAGAGACCAUUACUGAGGGGAUCGGAUGAAAGAACAACAAUAAAACAUUUUUAAUGAUACAAUGUAAUAUAAAACAGGAAAUAUACGACCAUAAAUGGUUCCAGGCAGACAUGUUGGCUGGAAUCGGAGAAAACUGUUCAAAACAAUGAAAAAAACUAUUUGUCAAAUGAAUGAGAAGGUCUUUUACUUUUUAUGUGUCAC